UUCUGGAAAAAAGUUUCGGUUCAGUUUACUUUAUGAUCCCAAAAAUCCGCAAGUUUUGUCCGUAAGUAAAUUUGAAGUAAUGGCACAAGAACCUAAAACUCCGUGGUCGAGAUGGGAUCUUCCUUAUUCAGACCCAGCUCAACAGACAGACCAUUUAACAGAUAAGGAAAGAGAAUUACAACUAUUUGACCCAUCCUAUUCAAACUCGGCUUCAGGCCCUCCAAACGAUGCAACAUUCGAAACCAUAAAAGACGCAACUUUAGUAACAAAAGAAAUUAAUGAACAUGAUCCAUCAUUUUAUAAUUGCAUUUAUGGAAUUCCAGACAGCGUACAACAGGUUAUACAAGAGUGUCAUAUCGAUGUUGAUUGUUGUGAAAAGACUUGUUGUGAUUCCAAUUGGAGAUCAAAAUACACACUUGUUAUUGGCCUCUUAGCUCUAUUUUGUCUUCUCGUUUUAAUUUCUCUAAUAGUUUGGCUAAUUGUUUGGCUAAUAAAUCGUGGAAAGGACAAAAAACAAAGGCAAGAAAUUGAAGAUGAAAAUAAUAUUAAUAAUCAAAACCCUCCAAAUCAUUUAAAUAUUGACACUUUGGAAAGCAGAAUUUAUUAAAAAUUUAAUUAAAAAAUAAUAAUCUCAAGAAAAAAUAUUUUUUUUUGAAUUUUUUGAAAAAUGAGGUGACCAAUCUUGCAGAGAUUUUCCCCUUAUUUUCCCCUUAAUGUAGGAAAAAUCUGCAAAUUAGAAACUUCAAUUUCAAGAAUUUUUUUGCUCAACUUAACAAA